AUGGGCAUGGGGGGCAACCAGUCCAAGGAUGCAAAAGAGGACUCGCCUGUUCCCAUGUCCUUCUGUUUACAGUUUUGCUGCGGUUCCGCAUCUCAGCCCCAGGGGUGAGUAUUGGAGAAAACAAGAGCAGGGACUGGAUCCCUCAGACCUGCCCCCCUCCCAGGCUCUUUGCCUCCCACUCUGCACUCUCAGAUGCGGAGAAUCGCUCCCCUCACGAGGAACUGAUAGCCUGACUUUUGCAUUUCAGCUGCUGAAGGAUGAACAGAUCUACCUCCUGGGGGUCAUCCAGAGCUGCCAGACAGCUGAGCUCAGGGGGCUCCGAUCCCUGAAGUGCUCCAAGCAGGAGACGGCCAAAGCCAUUCUGGUGAGUGAUGGGUGGUGUGGGGGGAAGGGGUCGUGCAUCUGCGGAGAGGAGGACCCUGCCGGCUUAGGGCAUGGGGUUGCCAUUCCCCUGCAAAGCCAAACCUGGUGUUUGGGGUCGGAGCUGAUUUUCCUCCUCUGUUCUCUUCCAGGACAUCUUGGGGCCCUUGGAGCACUUCAGGCAUCGCCCCCUGACCCUGGCCCUUGCCUUGGAGGCCCUCCUCCAGCUAAGGUGAGUGGGGUCUUUGGCGUGGAUGGGGUUGUGGGUGGGGGGUAGAACUCCAGGGGGAAAGAGCAGGCGGGAGGGAGAAGGGGGCAAGGGAGAAUCUAACCCUCUCCCUUUCAUCUCUGCAGCACCAUGAGGCCCAAAUUCAGCUGUGAUAUGAUCAGUGCGAUCCUGCACAGGACAUUGGAGGCCGUGCUAGAAGGGGCUGAGGAGGAGGAGAGAGAAAUAUGCCCUUUGUUUUGACUUCCCUUCAUGGCUCUUUCUUCUUCUUUGUCACACGCUUGCAGAAUCCAGGCCAGCAUUCAAACUCUCUUCUCUCUUUUCCCGCAGGAACUGAAGAGGCACUUCCGGCUCCUGCUCGGGAGUCUCCUUAUGGAAGCCCCCAACCCUGGCACCCUCCUCCACCUUCUCAGUGUAAGUGUCCCGACGGCAUCAGGGGUGAUUUUAGGGUUGUCCCCCCCCCCUUACCCAAUGGACUGCACCAUUUCUGGGGCACAGAGCCUGUUUGGCCCCCAAUUUGGUCCAAGACCAAAGCUGGCAAACCCUCAUGGUCCAGAAGUGCCAGGGACUCCGUGGUGGGGGCAGUGGGGGCCGCUUUGACCCAGACUGGCCCCUGACUCUCAGACGCUCUUUCCUUCUGCAGGACCUCCGAGGAUACGCCCUGGGGGAAAGUGGGGAGGCUCAAGAACUAGUGGCCAGCAGCAUUUCCUUGCUACUGGCUAUUGCCCGGAAAUACCCCAAUCUCAGAAUAAGUACCUUGCCUUCUUCUAUUCAUUUCUUUGUUUACUUCCAUCCCCCCAAGAUCACAUCCCCAAGUGAUCUUUAG